CGGAAAGCUCGUAUUUGGCUCUCUUUCGAAUCUUGUGUUUGUGUUUUACCAUUUCGAAGAAGCGAAGAUCCAGGUGAGAGAUAGAAGCUGAAAUAGAUAUACCCUUGUCUCUGGGUGGCUAAAUAAAACGAAACCAUCAUUUGCUGUCGCUAGUGUGUGAGACAUCAAUCGUGAAUGUGUACAUACAAAUUUUUUUCCUCUGCCUUUUCUGACUUGUUGGCGCGAUUCCCGCUGGAUUGUGAAUUCCGGGUGUUGUUUGGCCGGUCCCUCGUUGUCACGCGAAAAGGUUAGUGAAAGAGAGAGAGAAAAUCUGCUGAAAGAAAAGUGUGAUUAAGCGAAGAUUUAACGGAUCAGUGAUAAAUUGGUGAAGUGUGAGAGGUUGAAGAAGAGAAUAGAAGACCCCGCAGUGCCCGUCGCUCCCCGUCCCCAGCAGCAAGCCCCAUCGACGGAGUUCAAGUAGAUCUAAGGCCGAGGUUAUUAGAGAAGAUCGUUAAUUAAUCGUUCUAGUUUGGGAAAACGCGCCUGGGAAUUGUGUAUACGGAUAAUUGAUACAUUAACAACAAGUUACAAAGAAGAAGAAGAAGGAGAAGAAUAGUUCAAGUGAAAAACGGAAAAGGUUUCAAGUGUACUGCGUUUACAAUCACAUCGCUGCUUGUGUUGAAUGUGGAAAAAGGGAUUGUGGAAACUGUUAGCUAAGCGUACCAGUACGAGAAUUAUCAAUCACUCCGAGGCCGUGUGGAAUCCAUUAAAAAGUGACUACCGAUCUUAAAACUACCAGCUGAUCCACAAGCUUAAUAUCAUUUGCAACCGUAACACCACACCGCAAUCAAGAUCGCUAUAAACUGCAAACAGGAAACCAUCGCCAUCGUCGCAAUCAAAAGUGUAAACAAGUCGUUGGAAAUCAACAAAAAACCAUCACAUCGACUGCAGCAGCCACCGAGCACUCAACUAGGGAAAGAAUUCCAAAAAUGUAAUACCUUAUAAAUAAUUUAUAAGCAUACAUACACGGUUGCAAUCAUCGAAAAAGUGGGUGAAGCACUGCUCUGAAAGCGCUGCAACUCCCCAGUAACAGCGCGCGCAUUCGAUUCAUUGAUAAGAAGCAGCUCUUGCGCUCGAGCGCCGCGCACCCGCCUUUGAACUGCAACUAGAUCGUGACGACGACGGCGACGGCGACGACGAAGUCCACGGCAACGGAGAGCCCGCGCGGGAGAGCGCGGCCAAACGAAAGUGAAACACCAUGGAGAAGUAUGUAACCGUUGUGUCGGUCGACGAUCAGCAGCAGCAGCAGCAGCCCCCAUCGGAGACGGCAAAUAGAGCCAACGAGGAAGUGCUAAACGGGGGUGUGGAAGUCAUAAAUGGUGGCAGUAGCAACGGAAGCGAUGCUGCUGGUGCUGUUUCUGUGGUCGAUUCACAGUUUGUCACAGUGCUAUCGAUCAACCAUGGCGCUGCGCUGGAGGGAACCGAACCAGAACUGGUACUGGUCUACCGGUUACCCGGGGAAAGGUUAGGCUUCGGGCUCAAGUUUCAGGGAGGAACGAAAAAUAACGAGAAAAUCCAGCGGCUGUUUAUUCAGUCAUGUGCGGAAAACAGCCCGGCGUCGAGAGUGCAGGCCAGUUGGGGCUUCCUCCGGGAGGGGGAUGAGAUUUUGGAGAUUGAUGGAGUCAGCGUGACGCACAUGUCGAGGAUUGAGUGCGUGAAGUGCUUGAAGGAAAGCAAUUUGGCCAUAAAGCUGUUGGUGAGGAACGGGGAGGGAAAAGUACAAAACUUCUACGAUGAUAAUGGUGACAUUCCGGAGAAGAAAAGUGUGCCACCUCCACCGCCGCCGGUGCCACCCAGGAAGCUGAACAAGCGCAAGAUGGUUGAGCACCAGGUUGUUGAACCUCCAGCGAAACAGAUCGUCGAAAUCGUACACCCACCGGAUGCGGAAGUGUACUCCAAUCUGUUCUCGGACGAUAUCAGUGAUCUAAUCAGCGAAUCGGACGACACUGCCAGUACAAUUUCGACAGUCAUAGAUAAGUACUCAAUAUGCUCAAGCCUCUCCUCGGAGGACUAUACCAUUUCGUCAAACCCAAGCAGCUUGGAGUUGGCCAAGGCUCUCAAACCUUUCACACUUCUCGAGAAGGAGUUCAACCUGGAGGACAAACUGGAAAACAACCUCUUUACCUUUCAACCCUCGGCAGUCAAUAUAGUCCAGGUAGAAGCCCCUCCAGUUUCCAACGAAUACGAAAACUAUUCCAUUGCAAAGGUCGAUGAAAACAAAAACUACGAAAACGUUGUCAUUCACGCUAGUGACCAUCACCCUCAAAACUACGAAAAUGUCACCAUCCAAGAGGUCUCGGACAGUCAAUCCUACGAAAACGUCGUCAUCUCAACCUCGGAUGACAAAUCAGAAUCAACCGUGUACGAGAACGUUGACCUCAAAGGCCCUCCACGUCCGGCACCUCGUCAAGCGGCGAUUGUUGAACCGAAAAAGCGAGCCGCCGCACUCCCAGUCGGAGUCAUCCCACCACCUCGGCAGAAAUCCCCAAAAAUCCCUAACAUGCCACCUCAUCUGCCCAACGAAUUCAACACCAUUCAAAGCUGGCUUCAGGAAGCCACCGAAGUCAUUCACGAGUGCGUCCUCGUCCCCAACGCAGAAACGGCGAAGGAUGACAAGCGCAACGGAAGCAACGAAAAUCUACCGCGACUCAUCGAUUUUCAUCCGAAAGUUUCUAGUCCUUUAAAGCCAGUCAACGCUUCGCCACAACCCACGACCGUAACCGUGGAAGAGGUUGUAGUAGUCACAAGCAACGACCGAACCAGUCCCGAACCUGAGGACCCAUCGUCGGUGGUGGUGAAAAAGUGCAUCAAAAUUAACGCCACCCAGGAGUCUGGCGAGGAGCAAAAUUACAUCGAGAGUUCCAGCAGCAGCGACGACGACGAGGAGAAGUGCUACGAUCUGCAUGUUUACAGCAACAAAGAAGAGUACGAAGAUUAUGAGGAUGAGGAAGAGAAUGAAGACCGGCGCUCCAGCGACGGGGGAGCAUUCGAUACCUACAGCGACGAGGAUGGGGAGAAACUUGGACCACCGGAGAUUGUAGGCGGAGGUCCAUCGGAGGCGUAUUUCAACUACCACUGGAGCACGUCGCUGUUGCCGCCGAUUGGCGAGGUGGAGGAAGAAUUUUCCUCGCUCGAGAACCAGCAGAGUGGUCCAAUCGUGAUAAUCGACACCGCCGAAGAAACGCUAUUUAACGAUAGCAACAACAACCAGCAUCGUCAACAGAAGCCCAAGUUCAAUGGCCAUCACGAGUACAUUCCGGUGGUGGACGAGGAGGACGAUCCUUUCCCUUCGGUAGUGUUCAUCGAUCAUCAACCGGAAGAGAUCGUUCCACCGACCAAAAUCGCAAUCAAACAUCCAUCCGAGGAGCCACCUCCAAUCCCGGCAGCUCAUGUCGCCAACGGUGAAGAACCCGAAACAAAUAGUGUAAACAGUGACGUAAUUAUCGAAGCCGUUGAGAGUGGAACAGCUGUUGAUAUGGAUGCGGUGGAGCACGAAGCUGAUAAGAACCAAGUACAGGUAGCUGGUGACGGUUUAGAAGAGGAAAAAACAACAACUACUACGACGACGAAUGACAACGAACCGAUUGUUUUGGAGAAAAAUUCCACGGACGGUGUUGUUGAUCAGUUGGCGAGUGACACCGUGGAUGAUAGUGAGACAAUGAUGCAGCCGGAAGCUACCGAAGUGGGAGUAGGGAAUAUGGAAAUUGAUACCGAUGUAAAGGAAUUGCAGGAGCCGGAUAUGGUUCUCAUGGCGGAGGACGAUGCCCAUGUUACCGAUGAUGACGUGGAUCUUCUGGCGGUGGUCGGAGACAGCGUGGACAGUGACUUCGAAGAACUGAUCAAAGCGCAAAUUGAACAGCUUGACGAGGACAAUUCAGAGCAAAUUCAACAGAUUCAUGAGAGAAUCAUUGUUGGAAUUGAACGCUCAAGCACCAGCAGCGAGGAUGAAGAACGCGGGGGUGAACAGAGUGAAAUGUUGGUGAUGGUGCAAGAAGUUGUGAGUGAAGUGAAGAAGGACGUUGGUGAAAUAAGUGGUGAAAUAGAAGAAAAUGUUCCAGCAAUGGACAUUCCGGAUGGAAGCAUGGAAGCUUCGACGACGCCCAGCACUGACGAGCAGCACGUCGGAAAUAAUCAAGGUAAGCACUGGACGACGACGAUGAUGAUGAUGAUGAAGAUAAUGAUGGGGAAGACAUUCUCGGAAAGUAAACAGUUGCACCACUGA